ACCAUAAGGAGAGUAAAUUUAGAACGGGAGGCCUACUGCAUUAGAGGGAUUCCAGACAUUCCUGCCUUAGCAAUGCUGCAGAGCUGAAAGGGGCUGCCAUCUUAAAUAGCCAAAGCUGGUAAACAAGGUCAUGACAUCACAUAGAUUCUACAGCAACAGAAUCAACAAGAGCUUACAGGAACCUGCAUGUUUCAGAACGGUUUGGAACAAAAGGGUGUUCCAAAUCAGGCAGAUUACUACAAAUGUAUGAAUUACGAUACUGUUGUUUAGAACGGAAAGACUACCAGAUUUCACGUUCUGGAGCCAAGUUUCAUGGAUUCAAAUUCCAACACUGUGGUUGUGACUGGCUUUGGUCCCUUUCGACAACACCUCAUUAACUCUAGCUGGGAAGCAGUGAAGAAAGAGACAUCGUGACGGGGUGUACCAGACCCUUCGAGGCCCCCUGCUCCUACCUCACCCCACCCAGGAAAGGAGCGGUGAAGGAGAUGUCCAAGUUAGGCCUUGGUGAAAACAUAGAUCUACACAUCAUGCAACUGCCAGCGUCUUACCAAAAAGCAAAGGAGCUCGUCUGUAAGAUAUGGGGGACUCCUCAACCACUAGUCUGUCAUUUUCAUUUCCUGUUAUUCACUCUGAUGGGGGCAAAAAAACAGCUCACUGUUCACAUUGGACUUGCUUCAUCCUCCAAAGCAAUCAUCCUUGAACAGUGUGGGAAGAACAAAGGCUACAGAGAGAUGGAUGUUUGUGGGUUUUGCCCAGAAGAUGGCUGUUGUCUGUUAGAUGGCCCAGAAAAGAUUGAGUCCGCGAUUAAUAUGAAAACUCUCUGGAAAAACAUUUCGGUGGAAGGGAUUGAUAUCGUCUUUUCCAGAGAUGCAGGAAGGUACAUCUGUGAUUAUACCUAUUAUACCUCUCUGUAUUAUGGUAAUAGAAGAGCAGCUUUUAUACAUGUGCCACCAUUAUCCAAAUUGGUAACUGCAGACUUUCUAGGAAAAGCACUACAAAUAAUUAUCGUAGAGAUGUUAAAGCAGUGUGGGGAAAAGAAUGAAUAAAAAGGAUGGUUUACAGAAGACAUGCAAGUUUCUCAGAAUGCAGUAAAAUUAUUUUAACCUUCCUCUGAGGCAACCCUUAAGAUUUAAAAACAAAAAACAAACAAAAAUUACAUCGCAUGGGAGGGCAGAAUUAAAAUAUGUUCCAAAAUCCUACAAUAACUUUAGCAAAUUUUUCAUUACAUAAAAAACAAGUAAAACAAAUUACAAACAAAGGAAGAAAUGUAAACAAUCUUUUAGGGGAACGCCAGUGACUGGUGAUUUAUCUUGCUAAUGGUAACAAAUUUGCUUCUGAUUUAGGAUAAAAGGAAAAUUCUCAAGAAAAUGGUAUUUAAAAGACUACCUUGCUCAAACCCCAAAGACUUGUGAAAUGUCAAGAUACAAAUUGCUUUAAAAAGCACUUUGAAAGUUUGUUCCUGCUGUCCGAUAUGCAGGUAGACUUUGUAUAGCUUACAUAAUAAAUUGCAGUGAUGUGCAUGAUUAUGACCAUACAAAAUCAUAUACACACAAGGGAGAAUUUUAUCCCCCAAGCCCAGCAGAAUAGAUCAGCCAUACGAAAGCUCUCAUUUGUGGAAAAUCACAUGCAAUGCUCCCAUCUUGUGGGCCUUUAAGAUCACCCCACACCCACAGCAGUUUCCCUCUAUGUGCCAAACUACUGUCCCCCCCCCCCUCAAAAACCCACAAAGCUUUUCAGUGGUGACCCUUGCAUUUGCUUUCAAGAUGCAUUAGCAGGAACCACCUUUGAAAGGCUUAGUGUGUUUUUAGGGAGAGAGCUGUCAUUUGACACGAAGGAGAUGGUAUCACUUCCUGCUGGUAUUGUGCGCCUGCGCAUCCAAAGCGGACUGUAAACGUCUUUUGAUGAAUUAGGGAUUACAACCGAAAAUGGAUUUUUCCAAUUUGGCAACAACAACAAUUCAGUUAUUAAGCUGGAUUUUAAUCACAAGAAAAGAACACCCCAUGCUCUAGGUGUCCAUGCUGUCAAGGAAAAAGGCAAUAUUUAUACACAGUACAGCACUGGGGAAGAGACUCCCAGGUCAGAUGGUCCCAGGCCAUUCAGAGCUUUAUAGAUCAAAACCCAACAGCUUACGUUCCCACAGGAAGGGCAACUCAUGGAGCACCAGGGCUGCAUGCUUUGUCAGGGCAGACUAUCCCAUUGAAAAAGUAGGUUGACUGCAUUCUACUCUAGUUUCAGCUUCUGAAUGGAUUUAAAGGUGUCAUUUCUCAAAACGAGUAUUGCUGGAAUCCAAUCUCACACCAAUAAAGGCACAGAUCACGGUAGGACCGUCUGCAUGUAAGAGAAAAGAAUGACCUUUUAGCCAUACUGAUGGAAAGCGGAGUCUUGGUCACUGCUGCCGUUAGAUCAUCAAAAGCGGCUGGGAAUCAAACCAGAAUCCUUGGUAACGAACAGUGACAUGUUUUCAGCCAAAUCCUUUCACUGCUCUCAUCCACAGACAAACACGUUAAAAUACACUUCCAUAUUCCAUUCUCUGGACUGGACGGGACACGGGCAUGAAGUAGGAUGUCACUGUUGCACUCAAAGCACCUCAGCCCAUAUUCUCCUUGGUAACCUCAGUAAUGGCUUCACAUUCACGCUGAAUAAUAAGAGGGGAGACCAAACAGCCAUUGGGACGGGAGAGGAAUCACCCAACUGGACCCUCUGGGAUUUCUUCGAAGGAAAGAUAUGGGAACAACCUAAAGCAGGCCCAACCCUCACAUCUGGUACCAUAUCACCACCACCUCAGUGACAAAGACAGCAGAUAGAUAAAUCAGCACAGAGGCCUGAUCUUUAUCCAACUCCAAGCUAUGGUCGUCAUGCCGUAAGUGCAGUCUGUGUGUCGUAAACCCUGAAUGACAAGGGUCAAAUGCAUGAAGAUACCAAUAGCUGUCUUGCCAUAACCUUUUCCAUAGUCUUAGUAGAAAAUGCACUUAGGUACUGGUUGAUUAAAAUUAGACUGCCAGUGUCUAGAGAUGGCUGUGAGCAGUGGCUGGACAUACGCUUCCUUCAAAGAAAUCAGCACCUUGCCUUCUUCAAAGAAGCCUACAACCUCCACAAGUAACGGACUCAAAGUCUCCUGGGGCUUCAACAAUCAAGCUCAGUGACACUGUCUGAAACUCAAACAGGGAAGGCCUAGUAUUUAUACACUAAACGGAUGUGAUAUCUUAAAACUGACCUGUCCUGCAAUAUGGGAAUAUUUUAGUUAGCCUGCCCCCUACACAGUUUUUAUGUUUAAAAAAAAAAAAAGCUAUCCACUACAGGAGAGGUAGAAUUUUUAGUUUUCUGGGACUAUACUUCCUUUGCUUAAGUUCGGGCUAGCAAAUAACAAAAAUCAGAAGACAGACAACUGCAUACAGAAUUAUUUUAUUUAACUUAAAUCAUGUAGUACUGUAACUACUAGAAAAAAGCAGAGUAAGAGAAACUAAAGGAGCCAUUCAAAAUAGACAAAGUUUCUUUUUUUCAUAAUGUAAAGAAUCCAGAGUAUAUCGCAAUAACAGGAAUAAAUUCUUACAACAGAAUAUACAAAAACAUUUUGAAAUUUUUUUUUUUAUCUACUGAUUCAUUUUAAUAUAAACACAGGAAUUUCUUUAGGAAUAAUUUAUACACAGCAAGUCUUUUUUAAUGUAAUAAAUUGGCCAUGUUAUUACUGUUUUAUUUUUUUUUUAAAAAAAGCUUUUUUAAACAAGAAAACUUGGUAAAUGUUGUAUUUGCAAAUGCAUCAGUUCCAUAGCGCUUUCUAGUUUUGCUUUUGUCCCAGAGGUAGACAAACUCUGGCCAAUCCUUUCAACUCAAACCUCACUGGUUUAGAAAACAGAAAGAUAAUUCUCAAAGGCAUCUAAACCAUCCAUAACCUUCAAAAGGUAGGGGAGGAGAAAUGUUCAGUCUAAUUUGGAAAAAAAAAAAAAAAAUAGGAUCUUCGGUAUUCUUAUUUAAAUAAAAAUAAAUAGGGACCCUUCCUUGUUCAUCUCAACAAAGCUCUAAUGAUGCUAGAUAUCCACAUAAAUUGUAUAGGCUGCAUACAAAACCAUCGUAUUUGAAGUGAUAAGAAAUCUGUAAACAUAGUUUUCUUUAAUUCAAUGAUAACUAUGAAAACUGCCUUUCAUCAUGCUGUCUAUUACACAGUCACAUCCUUCAACCCUCCUGGCAACAACAAGAAAAAACGGUACUGAAUAACACAACUAAGACUGCUUAGCAGCAAUACCUAUUCUGUUUCCAUAACCAAUGAGGUUCUUUCAAUCCAUUAACUGCACUAUACAGUAAAGUGAAAUGACCAGUUAAGAUGAUCCCACCCCAACCAGAGGGUUCUGGAAGACCAGGAUACUGAAGAUACAGAACAUUUUCCCAACCUCUUUAUUUACUCAUUUACUGUACACCGGGACACAAAGCUUGGGGGAAAAGGGAUGAACCAUGAGCUGGACAAGUUAAUGAUCCUUUUUGGCAUAUUGUAAAGCUAGCUAGUAAACUGGUACCAUCAAAAAAAACUGAGCAUAUACAAACACACACACGAAAGUGCCUUUAAAUUAUUUUAUAGGCAUUUAUAAACUACAAACAUUUUAUAAAAUUAUUCUAUGUAUUAUUAUUCCAUGUACUACAAAAUGCAAUGAAACAUUUAAUUAGUUCUUGUAAACCAGAUCUCCGUCAACUGACUACCCGUAAUCUACUGGACUUAAAAGCCCUAUUGAAAAUGCUAAUGGAUUAACUAAUCAACAUAAUGCAUACAAAAAAGGUGACCACGCGCACAUGCACACAUACUAUUGAUAGUCAUAUGGUACUUGCAAACAGACUGACUGAGAGCUGAUGCACAGCAAUUCAUAUUGACCAAUGACCUCUGUAAACCUCCUGGUAAUGAAUUUUCCUCCACAGCUGGGAAAUUAAGAGGUUUAUUUACAAGUACCAAAUGAUUAGAAUGAUGAUGCCUGAGCCUCGAUGCCGUUCCACAUACCAAGCUCUGGAACUAUCGCUAACUUCUGCCAAGCCCCGUGUCUUUGUGAAUAUGCUUUUCCAUCCUUUGUUCUCAUCUCUCCGCCCUACCAUUCUCAAUUCCAACUCACCGGGCUGAGUUUCUUAAAAGUAAUCUAAACGCCUUUACUCAGAACAACCGGUCUUCUGGAUCGAGGCACUCACUGAGCCCCUGACUACCCACAGUUCUGUAUCUUCAGCACCUCUGGCAAUUAAUGUUUAAUCUGCAUCAUCCUUUAUUUGUAAGUAUUGUUUGCAUCAACUACGUAGAGUGGAGCUGCAAUAUCCGGCUUUCACUGGUUAAUAAGGAGUGGAUCUCUUGCACUUUCCCCCAUUGUUGCUUAGCCCAGUGAUUAAAUACAUUGUUGACAAACAAAAUAAAAAGAGUAACAGAAGAAAGUGUUACUUGUACUACUGGAAUGAAAAGGGUUUUAAAAAUAUACAUAGAUGUAUACCAACAACAGGAGCGUCAUUCAUUUAGGCUUGGAUUGUACUUAACAACCCUCAGCAGUUCCCAGAGGAUCUAAUAGCAGUUCCAUCUGGUGACCAGUCAUCCUGGGCAAACUGGGCUUUUUAUUGACACCAACAGGAGUAUCAGUGCAAACAAAUCUAGAGUCAGACAUCACUUAGAACCAGCUUUAAAGAACCGAGGCAUCACACCAAGAAAGAGGCUUGGUGGAACAUAUGCUGGCCUCAAGUUUUGCAUCAUACUUGGCUUCUGUGUCUAGUCUAUCACCCCAACAAAAAGAAUAUCAGAUUUAGUACCAAGCAUGUGAUGCUUCUGUAUUUAUACAAUAGUCACCUUCCUUUGCAACCAAACCACCUUCUGUACCACUGAAAGAUUGAACAAUGAGAAAAUCAGAGGAAAAGAAUGGCCCAAAUACUUAAAUCAAAGUUUCUUGCUCCCUUAGUGAUGCCAAUUUGUUAUUGAUAUCUUGGUACCAUUUGUCAGAAUGCUUGUUUUGUGGGUUGGGUGGGUUUUUUUUUUUUUUUUAAAUCAUGCUCAGAAAUGGGAUUA